AUGAAAAGCAACUGGAAAAUUACAGCUUUCUUGUACGUGUGUAGUUUUCUGGGGUCUUUCGUCUCAGCUACCAUCCAGCAACAAUCAAGACUACCAGCCAUCCUGGGUGCUAGUCGGAGAACUGAUCUCUGUCCAACAAUUAGGAUUGGCCAAGAUGAUUUACCAGGCUUUGACCUGAUUUCUCAGUUCCAAAUAGAAAAAGCUGCUUCCCGAGGAAUUAUCCAGAGAGUAGUGGGUUCCACUGCUCUACAAGUGGCUUAUAAAUUGGGGCCCAAUGUAGACUUCAGGAUCCCAACCAGUGCAAUAUAUUCCAAUGGAUUGCCUGAUGAAUAUUCCUUUCUUACUACUUUUCGGAUGAGUGGACCCACACUUCAGAAAUACUGGACUAUUUGGCAGAUUCAGAAUUCUUCAGGAAAAGAACAAGUUGGAGUGAAUCUUAAUGGUCCAAUGAAAAGUGUUGAGUUUUCUUAUAAAGGAGUGGAUGGAACUCUCCAAACUGCAUCAUUUUUACAUUUGCCUUUCUUGUUCGAUUCCCAAUGGCACAAGCUUAUGAUAAGUGUGGAAACAAGCAGUGUCACACUUUUUAUUGACUGUAUUAAAAUAGAAUCCCUAAACAUAAAACCGAAAGGGAAAAUCAGUGUUGAUGGCUUCGCUGUGCUUGGAAAGCUUAAAAAUAACCCUCAAAUUUCAGUUCCGUUUGACAUCCAGUGGAUGGUGAUUCACUGCGACCCCCUGCGACCCCAGCGAGAAGGCUGUGGCGAGCUCCCGGCUCGGAUAAGCCAGACGGUGAUUGAGAGAGGUCUCCCUGGUCCACCAGGCCCCCCAGGUCCGCCAGGGCCACCAGGAGUUCCUGGUAUCGAUGGCAUUGAUGGAGAGAGAGGUCCUAAUGGCCCCCCAGGUCCACCGGGUCCGGAUGGGGAUGCAGGCAAGGCAGGAUCCCCUGGCCUGCCUGGAGAGCCAGGAGCUGAUGGAUUCACAGGCCCUGAUGGAUCACAGGGAGCCACAGGACCAAAAGGACAGAAGGGUGAGCCAGGACUUCCAGGUGCUCGUGGACUUCCGGGCAAGGGGCUUCUUGGGCCACCUGGUCCAGUUGGUGCAGCAGGACUUCCUGGUGAAGUAGGCCGUUCUGGCCCACCUGGAGAUCCAGGAAAAAGGGGGCCACCAGGACCACCAGGUCCACCAGGCCCUCGAGGAACAAUUGGCCUGCAAGAUGGUGACCCACUGUGUCCCAACGCUUGUCCACCUGGCCGCCCAGGACAUGCUGGCUUAAUGGGAAUGAAGGGACAGAAAGGCUCAAAAGGAGAAUCUGGUGAACCAGGAAAACAAGGUUAUAAGGGUGAAGAAGGGGAUCAAGGACCCGUUGGUGAAGUUGGAGCUCAAGGCCCACCAGGCAUUCUAGGUAUCAGAGGUAUAACUGGUAUAAUGGGACCUAAAGGUAGCAAAGGAGCUCGUGGCCUUGAUGGAGAGCCUGGUCCCCAGGGUCUUCCUGGAGCACCUGGUGAUCAAGGACAGAGAGGUCCACUGGGAGAAGCAGGUCCAAAGGGAGAAAGGGGUCCUCAAGGAACAAGAGGAAUAAAUGGUCUCCCUGGGCCUAAAGGAGAGUCUGGCUUACCAGGAGUUGAUGGCCGGGAAGGUAUCCCUGGAAUGCCUGGAGCAAAGGGUGAACCAGGAAAACCCGGUGCUCCCGGUGAUGCAGGGCCUCAGGGACUGCCAGGCUUACCAGGCUCUCCAGGUGUGAAAGGCAUUCCUGGUCCAAAGGGUAAUAGAGGUCCCCCUGGGAUACCAGGUUUGAUGGGAAAUUCUGGUAAACCGGGUGAACAAGGGCCAGAGGGAGAAGCAGGUCCAACAGGACCCCGGGGACCACCAGGCAGCAGAGGGGAGACAGGUCCUGUGGGCCCUCCGGGUUUACCAGGGAAACUGGGUCCCCAGGGUGAUAUUGGACUUCCUGGACUGCCAGGUCCUCCAGGCCUACCUGGUGGUAAGGGUGACAGGGGUUCAGUGGGUGAACCAGGACCUAAAGGUGAACAGGGUGCACCUGGACCAGAAGGAGAUGCAGGAGAAAAGGGUGACUUAGGUGAUAUGGGAUUACCAGGUGCAAAGGGAUCUGUCGGUAAUCCUGGAGACCCAGGUUCCCGUGGGCCUGAGGGAAGUCGGGGACUGCCUGGCAUGGAAGGACCACGAGGUGCGCCUGGACCGCGAGGCCUGCAGGGAGAACAGGGUGCCCCGGGGCUGCCUGGCAGUCAAGGUCCAGCUGGAAAAGAACCAACGGAUCAGCACAUUAAGCAGGUCUGCAUGAGAGUCAUGCAAGAACAACUCGCCCAGCUGGCAGCCAGCCUCAGGAGGCCGGAAUUCGGCGCUCCAGGUCUUCCAGGCCGACCUGGGCCACCCGGUGCUCCAGGGCCCCCUGGGGAAAACGGCUUCCCAGGACAGCUUGGACCCCGUGGCUUGCCUGGCCUUAAAGGUCCCCCUGGUGAGAUCGGUCGUAAAGGUCCUAAAGGUGAACCAGGAGAAAGAGGAGAAAGAGGAUUUCCAGGCAGAGGAGUGAAAGGCUUCCCUGGACCAAGAGGUCUUCCAGGUGAACCAGGCAAAGCCAGCUACGGCAGGGAAGGCCAUGACGGCGUACGAGGUCCCCCUGGGGUGGCUGGUCAGCCUGGGGUUCCUGGUCCUCCCGGCCCUCCCGGCCCUCCGGGGUACUGCGAGCCAUCGUCUUGCAGGGUGCAGGCUGGGCAGAGAGCUGGUAAGAAUGUGAAAGGGCCGUGAGUGGGCAGUGCACAUGCCACCAAGUGCUAGCAUUGACUUACUUCCUGCACAGACAGCUGAGAAACAGAUAAGGAAUGGAGGAGAAACACACACAGAGAAACCUUGCAGCCAAGGUUUCAGUAAGGCAUUUUAACACAGCAGGUGUACAUUAAAGGUGUACUUAGCAACACAAGUUGGAGCAAUGGUGCUUACAAAAACACACGGGCAAGGCCUUUCAGUUCUUCUCCCUUGGGGAAAAUAAAAGCACUUGUCUAUUAAUAGUGUUUUUUAUAAAUAAAGAGUUUCCAUGAAUACUUCUUCUCCCAUCCUUAAUUUCUUUGUAUGAUGUACAGUGAAAUGACAUGUCUUCAGACAACAAAUAAAAAGGAUUAGUUUAUUUACUUCGGUUGUAGCUAUUUUUUUUGUGCAUGUAAAAUACAAUCUAGAGCCCCCCUGAGCAGGCUCCAUCACUUCAUACGUGGUCAUUUCGAUGUAUGUACAUGUUGCAUGGGCUGUGCUAAGCCUCCCUCAGCUCUUCAGCUGUGGAAAGGCAGCAUGGAAACCUGCCCCCCGCCAUGCUGUAAAUUUCUGGAAAUGUACGAUCACUGAGGGCUCAUGACUAAGCCAUGUGGAAUAACCUCUUCGUUUUCCACUCCAAUUUGUGUUGCAUUCCUAAUUUCGGAUUAAGCCUAUUCCAGCUCAAUUCCUGUGUCAAAUUCAAACAAAAGGCUGGCAGCCAUUUUCAAGGGAAUGUUAAGUCCCAGAAACGUACCAGUUUUAUAGUUGAGAUUAUGUAUUUUGAAGUAACAUCUGUGGUUGUACAAAAAACAAAUAAAUGAUGUCUUAACCCCCUGUAUGCUUUUCUAUGUGUGUUUAUGUUCAAUACGAAUAAACAGAACAGCUGGAAGGCCACCGUUAGACAUCCCAAG